AUGGAGCAACACCCGGGGAUGAACUUUCAGAAUCAGGGCGGCGGACCAAUGCGCCAAGUUCGUCCUGGGCUACGACUUGAUCAACUCGGCGACCGCCCGAUGCCGCUUCAUCAUGAGAUGCACGAAGUCGGGCAGCGUCCCCGGGUUUCAAGAAAUCGCACGACCAGCGGUGAGUUUUUCGGGAUUUUCAGUCUCUCGCCGUUAAUCUUGAUCCAUUUCUGGGGGUUGUCGCCUCUAAUCCAUGUCAUCCAUCGCUUUUUAUUUGUCAUCAUCGUUCGGGCGAAUUCGGGGGUAGAA